CCCCUUAAAGGCGGGGUGACUGUAAACCCCAGCUUUUCUUCAGCUCCUUUCCCCAAUAAUCCAGCUUUAGCUCUCCCCGCCGCCCUCCCUCCUUCGUUUGGCCUUAGCCCCCGACGCCGGGGCCCUCCGCAGCCUGGGAGGAUGAGUCUCUAAGCCUCUCCUAGGGUCUCCUUUCCCGCAUCUCCUCCGCGUCCUGCUUAUUGCACCCCGAAGCCCCACUCCAGACUUUGUUCCCAAGAUGUAUCUGGUUUUCUUUUGGUGCUCCUGUUGCCUUUGGGGAGGCUCCUUCGGGACCGGAUUUCUCUAUCAGUUCCCGGCAUCGACUCUGCAACACAAUUAUCCCGAACAGAGCUCCGGCGGACCGGCGGGCAAUGCUUUCGCCAAUCGUCGGCAUUGGUGCCACUACACAGUCACGCGGAUGGUUUCCUGUCAAGUGCAGAAUGGCUCGGAGACAGUAAUCCAAAGGGUUUAUCAGAGCUGCCGAUGGCCAGGACCUUGUGCCAACUUAGUGAGUUACAGGACCCUCAUCCGACCCACGUACAAGAUAGCUUACCGAACAGUAACUGCUCUUGAAUGGCGAUGCUGCCCUGGUUUCACUGGAAGCAACUGUGAGGAAGAAUGUAUGAAUUGCACAAAGCUCACAGAUAUGACUGAAAGGCUGAAUAUCUUGGAAGCCAAAAUCCUUUUGCUUGAGGCUGCAGAACGAGCUUCACCUUCAGACAAUGAUCUUCCAAUGACAAGAACUACAGCCACUUGGUAUGAUGAUGUGGUGCCUGAUGCUAUUCCCCUAGCUAAUCCAGGAACAGCCCUGAGGAAACCAAUGGGACCUGUUGGGCUACCAGGGCCAACUGGGAGACCAGGACUGCAAGGCCCAAAGGGGGAAAAGGGAGAGAUUGGUGAAAGAGGACCAGCUGGAUCACCAGGACAACUUGGACCUCCAGGACCUAGAGGAUAUACUGGUGAGACAGGGAUUCCUGGACCACCAGGGCCACCGGGACCUCCAGCAUCUCCAAAUUUCCCGUUAACAUUUCAACAAGGAGUUCUUUACUCACUGCAGCCCAAUGGUGAAAAAGAAAAUGGAGAGUCACAGUUAGCAUCUACUGUCAUUGACACUAUAUUGGCUGGUUUGCCAGGACCUCGUGGGGCACCAGGACCCAUAGGGCUGCCAGGCCCACCUGGAUCUUCAGGCCCCAAGGGAGCCCCAGGGCCAAUGGGAGCACCUGGAGUACAGGGCACUCCUGGUUCUCCUGGACAGCCUGGGCUGAAAGGCCCAAAAGGCGAUCGAGGCGAAAGGGGGCCAGCGGGGCAGACUGGUGAAAGAGGCAUUAAGGGUUUUCCUGGUGAACCUGGUAAGAAAGGUGAAGAAGGAGACCGAGGUGCUGAUGGUGAAGGGGUCCAGCAACUGCGGGAGGCCUUGAAGAUUUUAGCAGAGAGAGUGCUAAUUUUAGAACAUAUGAUAGGGAUUCAUGAUUCUUUGUCUUCCGUUGAACCAGGCUCAGGACAAGAUGUGAUCCUGGGCGCCCCGCUCCGAGCAAACCCCAAAAACAAGCGACACCAUUCAAACCAGAUCCUUUCUUCACUUCUGGACGACAGCAAACCCAGGGCGAAAAGUGACCGGAGGCAAUAACACUUUAGUCCAAAAGUGAAGGCUUGAAGAGACUUACCCCAUUUAUUCCUGUUGGGAAGUCCUGCAGGUCAGGAGGAUGGAGCCAUGACCAAUUGGAAUACCUUCCUUGAACUUUCCAUGAUCUUUUAAAAAUAUUCGUCACAUUUUACAUACAUGCUGUUUGUGUUCUUGUUUUGGGGUCCAUCUCAGGUGAUUACAAUAAAAUUCCAAUCCCAAGAAGUCUCGUGUGAUAAAGACACCAACAUUGUAGAGAUGUCUGUAACAUCACUGAUGUAACUUGACUGCCAUGGAGCCAGUGCUGAAGUCUAGAACAUUCUGGGAGUAACAUUCUAGAGCACAUCCCCAAUCCACGAAGAAUGCUGAAUGUGCUUGUUGGCCCUAUCAUUGCUUUGCAUGAAUGGACUAUGUACUAUAGAAAACAACCCAAGUUUGUAUUGCAAAGGAGGAGGGGGACAAUUAAUAAUAUUGUGGUUAAUCACAAUAUUAUAACCCAAAAUUAAGGUCUAUAAAACAUUUGGACCUGUUGUUCAUAAUUGAACAAAUGAAUGAAAUUCCACAGGCAAAGUCUUUUCUAGCUCCAAUGUGAAGAAUGCCUCACCAACUGGAUUUUAGUUCACCAUGAGAUGUCAUUGGGGGAGACAAGAAUAGUGUGGCAUUUCUAGCAUAUAAGGAAAAAAAUUAAGUGUCUGAUGGCAUCUUAAAUAUUAAUAAAUUUAUUAUCACAUAUAUUUUGGUAUAUCUCAGUCUGCUUAGAUGUGAUCAGACAGUGAUGAACAAAAGAUUAUAUAUUAGAUUUGUUAAAUUGCUACUAGAUAUUUUGGCUUUUUUGUUACAAAAGUCUAACAUCACAUCCAUCCGGAAAUUGCAAUAUGUAAAGUUUUGUCUCUAUAUCUGCUAGGCUGGACAGCUGAGAUGGUUUUAAGAUUUUCCGGAACGUAAUUAGAAUUUACACAAACUCUUGCAGCCAUACAAAUGGUUUGCUGAUUGUGUAGAAGAAAGCCUUAGUUCACUUAUCAAAACUGAAAUUCUUGCAACACAACUAAGUGCAGCUUAUUUGAUUUUAAAAAUGUGUUUAUCAACCUACAGCUUGUUAUCAGUUUGUCUUUGAGCAAUGGAAGGGCCUCUUUUAAUUAACAAGGAUGAAAAUUAAAGCAUACUUGAUUUUUUUUAAAUGUUACUUUGUUUAAGGUAUUUUAUCAUGGAAAAUGAGAAAGAAAAUAAUCUUUUUAAAUGUAGGCUGUUUCAAGGUACUGUUCCUGUAUUCUCUUUACUGAAUCUUGUUUAAUAUUUUGAAAGCUAUUAAAAAUUACAUUUCUUUCACUUUCUCACAAGGGCCCUUAUCUUGAAGUUUUGGAAAACAUAAUCUAAAGACUUUUGUUGAAUCAUUUAUUCCUCUGUUAAUUUAACAAAAGAGGUUAAACAGCUAGAAAUUAUUUAGGUUUUGUAAUUUGAUUUCAGAUGGUUCUUUAAGACAUGUACAAUUUGUACAUCUAUAGUUUCUGAUAAUCAGCAGUCUUGUAUGUUAUAAAGUGAAAUCAUUUGUGCCA